AUGGAAGAUGCUGACACCACCGUCCUCGAUCUGAUGCCCUCCCCCACCGCCGAGGAGUCCGAAGUCCACAAGAACGCUCGAAUGUCAUUUUUCGGUGUAUACGACGGUCAUGGCGGCGAAAAGGUGGCCACUUACUGCGGCGCCAAUAUGCACAGCAUAAUUGCCAGACAGGAAUCCUUCAAGAAGGGCGACUAUGUCCAAGGUCUCAAGGACGGCUUUCUCGCCGCUGACAGAGCCAUGCUUGGUGACCCCAGAUUCGAAGACGAGGUCUCUGGCUGCACCGCCUGUGUCAGCUUGAUUGUGGGCAACAAAAUCUUUGUGGCGAACGCUGGUGACUCCCGAGGUGUUUUGGGCAUCAAGGGGCGCGCUAAACCCAUGUCCGAAGACCACAAGCCCCAACUUGAGAGCGAGAAGAACCGUAUUACUGCCGCUGGCGGUUUUGUCGAUUUUGGACGUGUCAAUGGCAACCUGGCAUUGUCUCGCGCCAUUGGCGAUUUUGAGUUCAAGAAGGUUGCUGAGCUGCCCCCCGAGUCUCAGAUCGUUACUGCCUUCCCUGAUGUCGAGCAGCAUGAUUUGACCGACGAGGAUGAGUUCCUCGUUCUUGCUUGCGACGGUAUCUGGGACUGCCAAUCCUCACAGGCUGUUGUCGAAUUCGUUCGCCGCGGCAUCGCCGCCAAGCAGGACCUAGAAAAGAUUUGCGAAAACAUGAUGGACAAUUGCCUGGCUUCCAACUCGGAGACUGGAGGUGUCGGUUGCGACAACAUGACCAUGAUUAUUGUCGCAUUCCUCAACGGCAAGACCAAGGAGCAAUGGUACGACGAGAUUGCCAAGCGUGUUGCCAACGGUGACGGUCCUUGCGCGCCUCCCGAAUAUGCCGAGUUCCGUGGCCCCGGCGUGCACCACAACUACGAGGACAGCGAUAGCGGAUAUGAAAUGGAUGCCGAUAGCAAGAAGGGAUUCGGUAGUGGUGGGUCUCGCGGUCGAAUUAUCUUCCUCGGCGAUGGCACAGAGGUUCUUACGGGUUCAGAUGAUACCGAAAUGUUCGAUGAUGCCGACGAAGACAAGGACCUUGAGAGCCAGGUCUCGAAACCUACGACGAACGACAAGGACACCAAGGAUAUCAAUGCAGAGCCUUCUACCCCAGCCUCGACCUCAAACGAAGCCGCCGAUUCCAAACCCGCGUCCGACAGCCAAGAAAAGAAAGACGCGACCACCUCGGAAGAGACUAAGAAGGACUAG